GCCCCUCCGACUCUUGGCAGGGGCGGCUUGGAGCGAGAGCCGCGGUCCGGGCUCCCGGCGGUGCCUGUGGAGUCCGGCAGGGCAGGGGAGCGGAGCGGAGCGGUGGCUGGCUGGCUGGUCGGCGUCGGGCGCGAUCCUUCCUUCGAGAAAGCCGGGCGGAACCGCACACUCGAGCAGCAUCAAAAGAGAACACAGUUUGGAUUCAUUCUGAUCAGGAAAGUGGCUGACAAGGUGGCUCAAUAUGGGAACCAUUUUACAGAAAGCUGCCUUUGACUACUAGAACUCUUCCAUUUUAUGACACACUAGAGCCAUAAUUUUAUUUAAAAUGUCAGAACUUAAUCCCACAUCUGGAUUAACAGAUAUGGAAAAUGGAACUUUUCUGGAGCUGUACCCCACAUCUCUCUCAACAUCCAUGGACUCUUCCUCUGGGCGCAUGUCUAAUGUUUAUAUAUACAUUUCAAUAUUCCUCAGCCUCCUGGCAUUUCUUCUUUUGCUGUUGAUCAUUGCACUUCAGAGGCUGAAGAACAUAAUCUCUUCCAGUUCCACCUACCCAGAAUAUACCAGUGAUGCUGGGAGCUCCUUCACUAAUUUGGAAGUCUGCAGCAUUUCCUCGCAGCACUCUGCUUUUUCAGACCUUUCUUCAUGAAAAGAAAUUGAAGGGAGGAUAUUAGGGAUGAGAUAACAGUUUUCUCAAACUCUGAACAUGUGGGGGAGGUUAAGGCAUGCAGUAUUUGCCUCAGAGGAUGUCUAGUCAUAAAAGAUGUGACUUUUAAUGUUCACUUUGAUUUUUCUUUCUCUUUUGAGUGCCUCAUUUCCCUUUUAUUUAUUGUGCUUUUCAUCUCUGAGCCUAGAAAUUGGCACCUUUCUUUAAUGGUGUUAUGGUGUUUUCCUAGCCCAUUCGGAAGAUGAAACAGAUAUUAAAAUUGAACCUUAAAUAUAUUGCUUACCUACCAUUUAUUGAGCCCAAAGCAUCAGGACUUUUUAAUUGCUUUCUUCAAAUGUGCCAUUAUAUUCUUCAGAAUAGAUUUCUUGGUUCAUUGAAGGUGUUAUCCUGACCUUUUAAAGACUUUAUUAUAGUUCCACAAUGUAAUGUAAUAACUUAAGAAAAUCCACAAAGCUAAUACAAACUAGUGUUCAAAAGUGUUGCUAAAAUUUACUUCUAUGUUUUCUUGAAUAUACUCAGCCACAUUGUCUGAUGAGCUUGUUUUAUUUUAGAAAAAUAAUUACAGUAAAUGUAUGUGCUACUUCAACAAACCUGCUGUGUUUGGUAGCCGCGAAGAAUUACAUCACUUGCUAGAGGGUGGUGUUUGCUUCUGGUUUGGAAAUAUGCUUCUAGGCUAUUUAAUACUUUGCAUUCAGGAGAAGGAUAGUUUUGAUUAUAAAAUUAAGAAAUAGGCAAACUUCAUCUGAAAUCAGGUAAUACUGAGUUAUUCCAUUAAAAAGUUUUGUUUUUUGUUUUAAUUUCUUAUCAUGUUUUGACCUGAGGACACCAUGCAUAGUAGUAGUCAAGCGGUAACUGCAGUACUUAGGACCAAAUUCUGCAAUUGUGUGGAUGUAAAUCUCUGCUGAACUUUAGGAGCAGUUUUCUAUCAGUGAAAACAGACUUUGAAAAGUUUAUUUUUAAAAGUUAUUCCCAUUGAUAAGGAUGGUGUUUUAAAGUAAUUUGCUAUUGCUACAAAGUAUUUAAAAAACCUCAGUGCAUUGCCUAUUACUUUUUCAUUUAAAAAAUCCUUAGAACCAAUAAGAAAAUGACAUAAAAUCUGAAAAAUUUCCAUCUAAAUGCUGCUAAAAAUGCCUUUUGAAAAGGAAACCGUUGCUUGUUACCCCAGUAAAAUGACUUGAUUCCCUGUUAGGGUAAUUGCUUUUCAAAUGUGACUCAAUUCAGCCCUAGUUACAUCCCCCCAUAAUUGCAUUACUUGUAAACUCCAAAAACAAGAAUGGAUACUGCCCUUUUUAGAUCACUAAAAUCUCAGAAGCAGGCUAGCUUUGAGAGCAAACCUGUUUUUGAGAUUUUAGUGGUCCACUAAAAGUAUUCCUUGCUCUUGAUUUUGGAUUUUUAAAAUAACCCCUUGCAUCUUUUUCUCUUUUUUUGCAUUACUUGUAUUCAUUACUGUACUUUCAUGCUCCAAGUAAGAGCUGUUUGACUUUGGAGCAGAUUGCCUCAGGAAGUGAUUGACUUGUUAUUUACUGGAGGCAUUGAACCAGAGGCUGAAGGCAUCUCUGUCAGAAAACCAGCAGGAAAAGAUUUCAUUCUUUUAAUAACUACACACAGUGGUAAAAAUACUAGAAUUGGACAGAUGGGCAUAAAAUGAACAUCCUGUCAAGUCAGCCUCACAUUAAUUUCAUACAGAUAAAGAAACAUCGCCUUGACACAGUGUGUAUGUUGCAAACAGAUUGCAGGUGCACCACACAGCCUCCUCCAAAGCAGACUCCAGAUGAGUCAAAUUCAUUGCAAGUGGCUUCUGCUAGCACCCCAGUCUUAUGACAGGGUGGAAUCUAUCAGUCCCAUCUUAUCUCACUUGUCCAGCUGUUAAUGGUACAAUCAUUCCUUUCAGGAUCACGGACUGGCAGCUCACAAUGUGAAGGCCAGGUUUCAUUUUAACCUUUAUAAAUACACACAGAAAUCGUGUUGGUGCUUCCAUAAGUGUCAAACUUUUUUAAAAAUUCCACUAUCAUGGAUUUUGACUGUGAGCCGUUUCCCAACCAGCUCUUUAAGAGAAAGAAAAGAAAAAAAAAUCUAACUGAUAUAGUGCAUCAGCGAUAGUCCACAUACAGUCAACAAAAAUGUUUUUUUCACUUCCCCUACCCUCUGGCCAAGCAGGGAAAGUCAGUAUCCUGAAGUGGCUUGCUAAUUAAGCCAUUUCACAGUAUUGGCAAAUUGAAAGAGGAAGGCUUGGUUUGAACCAGUUUUAGUUAUCUCACAUGCUGGAAUCCAAACCAGAAGGAUCCUACCUGCACCAAAAAAGUAGAAGCCCCUUGACAAUAGCCAGGAAGGUGUGGGUAGGAAUGCUGUAGAAGUGGGUUGUUGUGCUAUAGCAAAUCUAUCAUCUAAUCAUCAUCUUUAAGAACACAACAUCCCUCCAGUGCUCCAAACAGCAGGCUAAAUAGCCCAUGUAGUCAGCCUCUUACAUUCUGUUGGAUGGUUGCCGCAAGGACGCCAACUUUACUUUAGCAAAACAGCCAUAGCAUAUACCUCAGGCUGCAUACAGUACUUAGUAUGGUUCCCCAAGCGGGCCACCAGUAGCCUUUCCUUUUCCCACCACAUCGUGUAGCACCAUUGUUGCAAGAAUCUUAUUUCUCAAGUGUACUUCCUUUAACUGAGGAUGUCCUACAGAAGAGAACUUGGAGGUGUUGCUAUUUGGACUGCUACUCCCAAAAUGCACGGCAAUUAUAUUGGUUGAGAGUCUCUUGGAAUUGCAGUCCAAAGAAACAACUUUUUCAAGAUCUGCUGAAAGAUAUGUUUGAGAGACACGGGAAUACUUCAUUUGCACUUUGUUAUUAUCAUUACUUUUCCAGCAGCUGUUGGUGUUUUGAGGUUGGAGGGGUAUGCUGUUACUUUCAGGGUAUCCUCACAUGUUCAGUAAUAAAACAUUCUCAAGAGCAUUUGGACCAAUGUAAGGAAAAUCUAGAUUUAGGUUUUGU